AUGUCGCUGCGCUUGGUUUGUACUGCCACAACAUUGACCCAAUAUUCCUCAGUGGAGCCCUCAUGCUCGCUUGGUACUCUUUGGAGCCUUCUCACAGCUGGAUGUAACCUAGCAACCAGUAUAUCACCUGUAGUAACAACAUUUCUGACUACAAACUAUGGCUGGUCGGCAGGAUUUAUCACUCCUGGCUUCAGCACGGCUGUUAUGUCUGUCUUAGUUUAUUGUGUUAUUUGCGACUCUCCGUCAGAGAUAGGACUGGAUGAAUUUAACCAAAGAACUGCAAAAUCAUCAAGAACUGAACACAAAACAGCAAUGACUAAGAGAGAGCAGAUAGCAGCAUUGUUACUGAGCCCAUUUUUGUGGAUUUUAAGUGUUGGAUAUCUUUUGACGUUAUUUGUAAAAACAGGAGUUGGCGAGUGGACACAACUAUUCUUGAUGCAGACAGUAGGAAAAUCACAAUAUGACAGUAGCAUUGCAAUGAGCUUUUUAGAAAUUGGUGGACUUUUUGGCAGUAUAACUUCUGGUUAUGUUACAGACAAGUUGGUGCAAAAGUAUGGAACAUCAACGGUGUCAAGUCCCAGAAUUCCUCCCAUGAUUUUGUUUGCAUUUAUUCAGCUAGCAUGUGUGUAUCUCUUACAUACAGCUGUGACGUCAACUACAUCUUUGUGGUUUAUCUCAGCAUUGAUAUUUGGCAUAGGGUUUUCACUCUACACAGCCAUUAACUUGUAUGGAGUGUUAGCCAUGGAAAAUGGUCCCCCAGGACUGUCUGGAACAUCCCAUGCUAUCGUUGCCCUAGCAGCAAACGUUGGUGCAACCCUUGCAGGAAUCCCCCUGACGACAAUCAGCAAGUCUUAUGACUGGGGAGGUGUGUUUGUUGUCCUUGAACUGGCUUCUUUGUUCUGCGGCUGUUUGUUGAUUGGAGCACAAAAUGUCAGUAGGCACAUGAUUGAUCCAUCAAAGUUUGAAUGAAGAUUCUACACGAACAAAGAAACAUGGCCUGAACAUCCCACGUAAUAAUUACAUUCUGAAACACUUUUCCAAGGUUUAUCAAGUCUUUAGUCUAGAAAUGAACAAGUUAAACAUUAAAUUAAUUAUUUAAAUUAAUUUAAUUAUUUUAACAUUAAAUUAAUUUAUUUAAUGUUUAACUUGUUCAUUUCUAGAGUAAAGACUUGAUAAACCUUGGAAAAGUGUUUCAGAACGUAAUUAUUCUUCACCAUGUCGCCAGUUCCAACUGAAAUAUUCAAGACACAGUAAUGAACAUUUCAUUUUCCUUGUUUCAAGAUUUUUACAUAUUUGACAGGCAUGUAAGUCGGUCUCCCUUAUUGUGGAGGGCUGGUUGACUUAACGAUGUUUAAUUUCUUAAAGCCAUUAUAUUUGUUAGCCUAUUUUUAAAAUCAGAUUUUAAAAUCCAUAAAA